AGCACCAGAGAAGUUUCGCUCAAAGCUUCUGCAAGUGUCUGAGACGGGGCGGGGGACGCGCGGCGGCAGCAGCAACAGCAGCAGCAGCUCCCAGGGCUGCCUCUUCCAAUCUCCCUUUCUUCUUCGCCUUCUGGAGGAGUCCCGGUGUGACACCGGAUCUCCGUCUGGGAAAGGGCUGGCCUGCCCUCCUGAGCCGCCCCGGAGGCUUCUCUCUGCAACGCUGAAGGGCGCCCCGUUGGGAACGGCGAUGCCCUCUUGGAGCUUCUGAAAAGAGCGCUCUCUCUCUCUCUCUGCCUGAUCCCCUCUUCUUCUUCUUUUUUCCUCCUCCUGGCCCCAGUAUUUUCCAUCCUUGCUCGAGGCGGAAAAUAAAUGAUCUCACCCCUCGCCGUGGAAUGGAGACAGCUGGCACCCAGCAGAACCUGAAGGAGCCCCAGGAGCUUGAGUGCAAACGGGACUCCUCUCCGGGAGCCUAAGGACCAGCGGGGCCGGCCAGCUUCUCGCCUCGGGCUUCUUUUGGAAGCAGCCCCGGAUCUAGUGAAUUGGGAUCGCUUGCGGUCCUGCGCUUGCUGCUGCUUUUCUUUUCCCCCCUUGGCGUGGCGCAAGAUCGCAGGUUAAUUUCCUAUGGCUGGGAUAUACAGCUCCACUCUGAAGACCCUGGAAGACUUGACCCUGGACUCCGGGUAUGGGGCUGGGGACUCCUGCCGCUCGCUCAGCCUCUCCUCUUGCAAGUCCAACUCGCAAGCCUUCGCGUCGUCUCAGCCCAGGGGCAACUGGUGGUACUACUCGGGCUCCAUGAACAGUCGCAACAACAGCUGGGACACCGUCAACACCGUCCUGCCCGAGGACCCCGAAGUGGCGGACAUCUUCUCCAGAUGCGCCAAGCUGCCCGACCUGGAGGAAUUCCCUUGGACGGAGGAGGACAUUGGGAAGAUACUCAGGAAAGGGAAAGCAGGAGGAGGGACCAAGAGGGACUUCACCCAAGAAGCGGUGCGGAGGCUGUCCGUGUUACUGCGGAGACCCUUGAUCCGGAUCUCCAGGGAGGCGCAGCGCCUGAGCGUGAUGCACUCCAAGUGCACGCGCUUCGAGAUCCAAAGCGCCAUCAAACUGAUCCAGAGCUGGUCGUUGUCCGAGAGCUGCGUCCUGGCCACCGUCAAGGCGCUCUCGCUCUACAGCAUGAGCGCCGGCGACGGGCUGAGGAAGGGCAAGUCGGCCAGGUGCGGCCUCACCUUUUCCGUGGGGAGGUUCUUCAGGUGGAUGGUGGAUACCAGGAUCUCGGUGAGGAUCCACGAGUACGCGGCCAUCUCUUUGACGUCCUGCAUGGAGAACCUGGUGGAGGAGAUCAAAGCCAGAGUAGUGGCCAGCCAGAGCCCCGACGGAGGCGGAGGGGGGAGUGAGAUCUCUGCAGAAGUUCUGGAGAUGGUCAUCAACAAUGAUGCGGAGCUUUGGGGAGUGCUGCAGCCCUUUGAGCACCUGAUCUGCGGGAAGAAUGCGAAUGGUGUACUUUCUCUGCCUGCGUACUUCAGUCCUUACAACGAUGGAUCCAUGUGCAGUAAUGGAAGAGCUGAUGCUUACGCCCAACUAGAACUUAGAACUUUAGAACAGUCUCUCCUGGCAACUUGUGUUGGAAGCAUCUCUGAACUGAGUGAUUUAGUGUCACGAGCAAUGCACCAUAUGCAGUGUUUGAACAUGCUCCGCCCUGGCAUGAGUCCUGUACGACAAAACAGGCAGCAACAGCAAACCAUCUCCUGGUCCCCUGAUGCCCUCCACACCCUUUAUUAUUUUUUACGCUGUCCUCAGAUGGAGUCUAUGGAAAACCCCAACCUGGAUCCACCAAGGAUGGCCUUGAAUAAUGAACGGCCAUUCAUGCUUCUUCCCCCACUGAUGGAAUGGAUGCGAGUUGCUAUAACGUAUGCUGAGCACCGAAGGAGUUUAACAGUGGACAGCGAUGAUAUAAGGCAGACGGCCAGGCUACUCUUACCUGGCUUGGACUGUGAACCUCGGCAGCUGAAGCCUGAAUGCUGUUUCAGUUCCUUCCGGAGAAUGGAUGCAAAGGCUGCCACUGAAAAAUUCCAGCAGGAUUUGGGGUUUCGAAUGCUGAACUGUGGAAGGACUGACUUGAUCAACCAAGCUAUAGAAGCAUUGGGUCCGGAAGGGGUCAAUACAAUGGAUGAUCAGGGUAUGACUCCACUCAUGUAUGCCUGUUCUGCUGGUGAUGAAGCCAUGGUCCAGAUGCUGAUCGAUGCUGGUGCAAAUCUAGAUAUACCAGUCCCUGGUAGUUCCUCCCGAUAUCCAUCAGUUCAUCCUGAUAGCCGGCACUGGACUGCACUCACCUUUGCUGUGUUACAUGGACAUAUCUCUGUAGUUCAGUUGCUCCUGGAUGCUGGAGCCCACGUCGAAGGCUCUGCUGUGAACAGUGGAGAGGACAACUAUGCAGAGACCCCACUCCAGCUGGCUUCAGCAGCAGGCAAUUAUGAGCUAGUCAGCUUGCUGCUGAGCCGGGGAGCAGACCCCCUUCUAAGCAUGCUGGAAGCCAAUGGGAUGUCCUCAUCGCUUCACGAGGACAUGAAUUGCUUUAGCCACGCCGCUGCACAUGGACACAGAAAUGUUCUGCGCAAGCUCUUGACCCAGCCGCAGCAGUCCAAGGGAGAUGUCCUCUCGCUGGAAGAGAUUUUAGCAGAGGGCGUGGACAGUGACACCUCCAGCCAAGGAAGCUCCAACGAGGGCCAGGUUAAGCUGUGCAAAGCCAGGAUGAAGGCUUUGCAAGAGGCCAUGUACUACAGUGCUGAGCAUGGCUACGUCGACAUCACAAUGGAGCUCAGAACGCUUGGAAUCCCAUGGAAGCUCCACGUGUGGAUUGAGUCACUCCAAACAACUUUUUAUCAGUCUCGUUACUCAGUAGUGCAGAAUCUUCUACGGGAAUUCGUCACCAUUAAGGAAGAAGACUACAAUGAAGAGCUGGUUAAUGAUGGACUGCAGCUGAUGUUUGAAAUCCUCAGAACCAGCAAAAAUGAGUCUAUCAACCAGCAACUUGCCUCUAUCUUCGCUCACUGCUAUGGAAGCAGCCCCAUCCCUGGCAUCCCUGAAAUCAGAAAGACACUCCCAGCACGCCUGGAUCCUCACUUUUUAAAUAACAAAGAUAUGUCCGAUGUUACUUUUCUAGUGGAAGGGAAACUGUUUUAUGCACACAAAGUUCUCCUGGUGACUGCUUCAAACAGAUUUAAGACACUGAUGACCAAUAAAACUGAACAAGACAGUCAAGGCAGCAAGACUGUAGAAAUUAGUGAUAUGAAGUACAAUAUCUUCAAGAUGCUGAUGCAAUAUUUAUAUUAUGGAGGAACAGAAUCUAUGGAAAUUCCUACUGCUGAUAUUUUAGAGCUGCUCUCGGCUGCCAGCCUAUUCCAGUUGGACGGCCUCCAGAGACACUGUGAAAUACUUUGCGCCCAAACCAUCAGCACCGAAAGCUGUGUCAACAUCUAUAAAUAUGCCAAGAUCCACAGUGCCCAGGAACUAGUCUGUUUCUGCGAGGGCUUCUUCCUCAAACACAUGAGUGCCUUGUUGGACCAGGAGCCUUUCAAACAGCUCAUCUACGGCAGGAACAGUAAAGUUCAGGGUCUGGAUCCCCUGCAGGACUUGCAGUCCACACUGGCCAGCAGACUUCAUUCCAUUUACAUCACCUCAAGGGUGUGAUUGCCAAGAGGAACUACAGUGACCCUGUGUGCAUAAGCUGCGAUGCUCAAAGCACUUGCUCAUCUAACUGCACUAGGACGGGAUUUUGGCCCAAAUUUGCCAGCUUCCCUCACCGGCAACUGGAAUGCUGAAAGUUCCUCCACCACAUCCAAAAAUCCCCGGUAUAAAAGACCUGACCAUUCACUGUGCAGCUGGGAUUUAUAGGCACGGACACCCAAAGCAAAUACUCCAGUCUAGCUCAGGAAACCUUGCUUGCUGGAUUAGAAGCUGCAAGUAUAAAUCGUUCAGGCAGGAAAACAUGCAGUCUGUUGCGUUUCUGUGAAGGAGAUGCACAUUCUGAAGUAUGUUGUAAUGUACAUUCUCCGCCACAUUUAGUUGCACAUGAGCAGCUUGUUUGGGUGCGACAAAACUGAAUCGGUACCCUAAUGCUUCGAUCUGUACUGAAAAUUAGAUGGCAGGGUUGGGAAGUUGCUAGCUGGGAACAAAACUCCUCCCUAACACCCAGGGCUUUAUUUCAGGUGGAACUCAGUUCCA